GUUAUUGGAAAAAUUGGUUCACUUGAAGCCAAAACUUGAAAUGUGAGGAGCGAUGGGACUUCUCUCGACUCUGAUCACUACUGGUACAGCUCGUCUGAUCGUGAACCCACACUUACAUGGAGCUCCUCCAGUUCUCUCAGUCAUCUUCCCUUCGAAUUUCUGCUAUAAAACCGCCUUCCGAGACCUAUUUUCAUCGAACAAGGAUGCCCUUUAAACCCACUAGCUUAUCAUCUGAUUUGCUCUUCAAUUGCUCGCAGAAUCUGCCUUCAACUGGGCCUUACAACCGCAGAACUUGCCUCAAAGAUUUACCAAAACAAAACUACCGGCGUAAUUUCAUAUGGGCCUGCACUCGAGUUGGAGCCGCUGGAUCUGAUCCAUUGAUGAACAAAGUGUUUGACCUAAAAGAUGCAUUCUGGAGAUUCUUAAGGCCACAUACCAUUCGUGGAACGGCACUGGGUUCUGUUGCUUUGGUGGCGAGAGCCUUGAUUGCACACUCGGAUCUGAUAAAGUGGUCUCUGGUAUGGAAGGCAUUAUCUGGUCUGGUUGCUCUAAUAUGCGGGAAUGGUUAUAUAGUCGGCAUCAAUCAGAUCUACGAUAUUGGGAUAGACAAAGUAAACAAACCUUAUUUACCUAUAGCUGCCGGAGAUCUUUCAGUUCAAUCUGCAUGGUUGUUGGUGAUAUUUUUUGCCAUUACUGGACUUUUGAUUGUCGGACUGAACUUUGGCCCCUUUAUUACAUCUCUUUACUCUCUUGGGCUUCUUCUCGGCACCAUCUAUUCUGUUCCUCCUUUUAGAAUGAAGAGAUUUCCUGUUGUUGCAUUUCUCAUAAUUGCUACGGUGCGGGGUUUUCUUCUUAACUUUGGUGUUUAUCAUGCCACUAGAGCUGCUUUAGGGCUGACAUUUGAGUGGAGCUCGCCUGUGGCUUUCAUCACAACUUUUGUAACAAUUUUUGCACUGGUUAUUGCCAUUACAAAGGAUCUUCCAGAUGUAGAGGGGGAUCGCAAAUUCAAAAUAUCAACAUUAGCAACAAGUCUCGGAGUUAGAAAUAUUGCAUUCCUUGGUUCUGGGCUGUUGCUGGUGAAUUAUAUGGGUGCAGUAUUGGCAGCAAUUUAUAUGCCUCAGGCUUUCAGGUCUAGCAUUAUGAUACCUGUACAUACAAUUUUGGCAGCAUGUUUAAUUUUCCAGACGUGGGUGUUAGAGCGAGCAAAUUACACCAAGGAAGCGAUUUCAGAGUUCUAUCGGUUUAUAUGGAACCUGUUCUAUGCUGAGUAUAUUAUAUUCCCUUUCAUAUAGCAAAUUGAUCCACAAUCUGUAUAGGCAGUGGUAAGAGGGAGGAGGCUGAAGAGAGUGUGUAUUUCCUGGUGUAUACAGCUGCAUACUUAUGCUGGUUAAUGUAUUUUGCCUUCUUUGUAACAUGUAAUAAUACUGUUCAUUUUUUUAGAGAAAAAUUUAAACUAAAGAAAAUUGGGAUGCAA